AAUCUUCAAAUCUUCGUUCGUUCGGCAAAGUCCCUCCCAUUUCCUUGCUUUUUUGCUUGUUUUUGUUCAUUUUUGCAGUUCAUUAUUCCAUCAUGAACGCGCGCCGACUUCAGCCAGGAAGCAGAACGCCAGCCAGCAAGCACAGGGAGCAAUCCUUUGUUCUCGUCUCGCUCAUGAUGCUCUGCCUGCUGCUGGUGGUCGGACCACGAUGGAUGACGCCGACACACGCUCGGCAGAUGCAUGCCCGCGAGAACCCUGGCGCUGACCUGUACGACCCCGACGCGGACGACGUCCUGAACGCAGGGCUGAUUGGCGACCGCGACGGAUUGGCCGACAGCGGGACGACAACAAUGGCAACCGAGCGCCAUGCCGACGAGUACGAGGACGAGGACGAGUACUCCUCGGAAGACAAUCUCGCGCAGCAAAUCCCAGAGCAAGUGCUGAGCAAGCUGGGCAAGGGCUGGCGCUUGGAGGCGGACGGAACGGUCACCUUCGAUCCCAAUGGACUUCACGGCCCGCACAACCCGUCGCAUGCAGAGUACGACGAAGGCGGCGAUCUGAGUGGAUCGUCCGAUGCCAUCAGCAGAGAAGCCGCUGGCGCAGAGGAAGGCGAUUUCACAGACAAGCACAAGCAGUCGCUCUACACGGAAGAGGCCAACCAGGUCGUGAACGGUGAUUUCAAUGACGAUGAGAACAUUUUCGACCCCGCGCCGUUUGUCGAGCUGCAAAACGAAGAGUUCAUGGCUGCCGCUGCGGCAGAUCGCAAACUCCGCGAGGCAGAGGAGGCUGUGGCGGCGAGUCGUGGCAUGGCGGCCGCGCCCGUCGAGCCCGACGUGCUGGUUCGCUGCGUUGCCCAGGCCAAAGGCCCCCGUGGAUCGCGCAUCUUCCAUGCCAAAAACCAGGAGCAGCUCGUUCGCCUGCUGGCCGAGUGCACACACGUGAUUGGAGGUGUACGGAUAGGUCCGUCGAACGGACAGCCCGACGACGAGACCAUCACGGACUUGUCCGCACUCGCCAGCUUGCAGGUCAUUGAAGGGUUUCUCGACAUUCAGAAUCUGGCCGCGCUCACGGACGACCGAGGCUUGGGUCACUUGCGUCAUGUCGGAGGCUACCUGCGCAUCUCGCGCGUCAACAAGCUCGAGUCGCUCAGCGGCCUCACCGCGCUCCGUGAUAUUGGCGACAACUUGCCAGGCUACCUGUGGAGCGGCAACAGGUUUUCGCUGAUGGUGCAAGACAAUGCAUUGCUUGCCAAUCUGGACUCGCUCCGCAAGCUCGGAUUUGUGCGUGACGGAAUUAUCAUUUCCGACAAUCCGCGUCUGCUCAGCAUUGAGGGUCUGCAAGGGAUUACCACCACCGCAGGUCCGAUUCACAUUGAGAACAACGCCGUCCUGCGCGGGAUCAAGUCUGCCUUCACCCAUGUGCUCGAGAUUAGCGGCUAUCUCCGCCUUUGGAAAAACCCAGCAAUGACGACGCUCGACGGCCUGGGGAGCCUCCGCACCAUUGUCGGCACUGGACUUUGGGAAAAGUCAUGGGCGCUCAUGUUGCACCACCUCAAUGGUGUCACCUCUUUGGAACCCCUCAAAAAGAGUCUGGUGCGAAUUGGCGCUGGAGGAGUGUUUGCUUUUGCCAACGCAAAGUUCUGUCCGCAGGACAUUCCAUGGCGGAGCAUCACCGCCGAUCCGAAAGCUUCCUUGUACUUUGAGCUGAAUGCUCCGGACUGUCCAAACUAUGCGUCUAAACUAUGCGUCUGCUCUUGAUGGAUGAAAAUAAAUGGCACCAAUUUGCAAGCUUUUCUACUUUUGCACAGAAUUGUAUUGGGGAAAACGUUGCACCUGACCUUGAUCUAGCGCGACACACUGUGAUCGAGUGAUCCUUCAAUAAAGCUGUCUUCGCC